GUUAAUUGGCGCUAUAUGAAGCAUGAUGCUCCACAUGUGUCUGUUAACUGUCCACGGACACUCAAACUCUUCAAGAAGCGUUUUGUGCUGAUAUUACGUGUUUUAACGACGCUGGCGUGUGUGCGCGCGCGCGGUGUGUGUGUCUGCAGCAGCACUUCCGCUCUGAGAGACACGCGCGUCCACGGACACACACCGACACAAAGAGAGAUCGGGAUGUCGGAUGAGGACUCGCGUGCCAGCUCUAGUUCAUCCUCCUCUUCUUCCUCUUCCUCCACCCAUCAGCAGCAGGAGAAGGACACAUCUGGGAAAAAGAGAGACAGCAAAGCCAACAUGAGCAAGACCUCCAAACUCCUCUCCACCAGCGCCAAGAGGAUUCAGAAGGAGCUGGCGGACAUCAUGUUGGACCCGCCGCCGAACUGCAGUGCGGGUCCUAAAGGAGACAACAUCUACGAGUGGAGGUCCACUAUCCUGGGUCCUCCAGGUUCAGUGUAUGAGGGAGGAGUGUUCUUCCUGGACAUCGCUUUCACUCCAGACUACCCCUUCAAACCACCCAAGGUGACGUUUCGCACGAGAAUCUACCACUGCAACAUCAACAGUCAGGGUGUGAUCUGUCUGGACAUCCUGAAGGACAACUGGAGCCCGGCGCUCACCAUCUCCAAAGUGCUGCUGUCCAUCUGCUCUCUGCUCACAGACUGUAACCCAGCUGAUCCUCUGGUAGGAAGCAUCGCCACGCAGUACACAACCAACAGACCUGAGCACGACAGGAUAGCCAAACAGUGGACCAAACGCUACGCCACAUAAUUCCUCCGGCCGCUGCCUGCCGGACGUCUGUGGGGUGGGGCGGGGGGCUUUGGGAGGGAUGGGGGGAUGGGGACACAUAGGGUAGAGAUACAGGGUGAAUUUUAUGAUGGAAUUUAAAUUCACAUUUCAAUUGUUUUUUCUUUCCCUGCAUAUUUUUUGUUGUUGUUGUUUCCCUUGGCUCAAGUAGCAUCAUGAUUUGACAAAAAUGAAUCUUAAUGUGUAUCUUCUUUGCCUUCCUGUUGUAAAUUGGUUUUAUUUGGAGCUUCCUCAUUCUUGUCAAAUGAAGUCACAGCAUGAGCCUCUGGCAGGAUUGUUCCGUGUAUGUAUUUCCUCACCAAUAUUAAAGUUGACGUUGUUGUACAGA